AAUACAAAUAAAUAAAUAAAAUUUCUAUCAAACCCUUGCUUCACCACAUCAUAAAUAUUAUCCCGUAUUUUCCUUCUUCACUUGAGUAAUCACAAUUAACAAGAAGCACACAGAACACAGAAAACCUGAUAGAUGCGCCAACACUUGUAAGAAUAAUGACUACCACUGAAGUUUUCGUGUCUUCUCUUGGGUAAUCUGUCUCAAGAUGAAGAACAGAGGCAGGACAGGAAGCCCGCCAGCCAUCCAUGUUACAACAAUGACCAACACACACAACAUUCGAGAAACAAAGAUGCCACCAGAAGAUAGCCAUGGAGGACCACUUUCCCUUACACGCAUAGCCUACAUGAGAGUACAGUGCCAUAAGAAACUACCAGUGUAAGCGGUUUAUUCUUACUUCUAUGGCAGGGAGUCUAAAGAAUGGCAGUGAUAAUAGUAGUAGUAGUAGUAGUAGAAGCGUACUCAAUUUUUUAAAGGGGUUGGGGAAGUGGGAUUUUUUUUUUUUUAAUAGUAAGAGUAAUUAAAGUAGUAGUAAUAGUGUUAGCACAAUAAUAUAGUAGUAGGAAAUGCGGUAGUAGUAUAGUAACAGCAUCAUGUCCUUCCAUGCAAGCAUAUAAAACACGCUAAUUAAUGAUAAAAUAAAAAAAAAUAGGUGAAGGAAGCUAUGCCAGCCGUGAAAAGUGUGAAAAGUGAAUGUAAACAAAGCUUCGAAAGGGCGGGACUUCCUAUUUUACAAUGGCCUGCCUUGCCCCGCCGGAUGCCUGCUGCACGGUUGCUGGGCGUCGUGAAAGUGCUGGCUGAAGUAACAACACCCCUCUGCAGGAGUCGCCGCCACGCAUUCCUCCCUAGGGCGCCUCUUCGCUAACAUGGCAGCGCGUUGUGUCCUUGGUGUGGUGGCGACCAUGUUUGCUGCUAUGGGAUGCGGGGCGAGCGGUUAUCAGACAAGAGGCGACGUGAGCGUGCAGCUGGAGCCCCGUCAAGGUCUUGCAGCUGUGGAGUCGCCGUCACAUCAGCCGCUGUGGGCACAGCUCCUUCAGAAGCAAAACUCGCACGUUUUUCCGAGCCAGCUUCAGUCUCUUAACAUCCCCGGUCUUGGUCUCCAGUCGCAAGGUUUGCCAUUUUCAUCUCUGCAGAACAAUCUAGGUGCCCAGGCUUUGGCCUCGCCCCUGCACACUUUAGGGAAUCAAGGGCUGCUGGGGGCGCCCUUCUCGCCUCUUGGGACGGGGCUGAGUGGCACACAGCUGCUGGCUAACCCAGGCCUGCUGGGGAUGCUACCCGCCGUGAACAGGCUGGGCAGGCUGGGAGCCUCCAGUCAGCUGGGAGGAGGCCAGAUGGGCAUUUUACAGGGUGCUCUUGGGCUGCACCCACUCCUGGCUCAGGCUCCGGCCAGGCACGACUUGGCACCCCUGCUGCGCCUGGCCAGCCUGCUUUCCGAUGAGCCGGGGGCGCACCGCCACUCGCCGCACACGCCUAACACCCGCAUCCAGCUCACGGGGACCUUCAGUCACAGGCCACGUCUCCCUCACCAUCCUCACCACCCACAUCCCUUGCACAGGCUCCUUUCCUUGCCCACCAACACUCAGGGCAGGUUCGGUGAAAUACUGGACGCACGCAACCCUACAAGCCUUACUAACCGUGCCAGCCUAGGGAAUGAUGUGUCCAGGUCAGGCGGUCUGCAGGCCACGGAGUUCAACAGGCCUCCACUCCCCCUGUCCCACACUUCCCAGCCUGAGCAGUCUCCCUCCCUGCCUCUGGCCACUGCCACGCAUCGUCCCACGCACCUCGACGGAUUCAGGUUUCCUUCCAAGUAACGAAGCUUCAGGACAUCGAAACACUGGACAAAAUACGUCACGUGGAUGGAGCUUACCUAAAAACCCAAAACCAGGAGGGAAAAUGCAAGAAACCAGUAGACCUACACAUGGCAGUUCCUGUAAAAGUAAUAUUCUAUUCAUGCCUACACAUUUUUAUCCAUAAAUGUGUCUAAUAUCCUUUCAAAGCUCUCUAUUGUCUCUGGGUGACGAUGCACCACUACUUGAUGCCACACUGUUUUACCAGGAGAGAGAGAGAGAGAGAGAGAGAGAGAGAGAGAGAGAGAGAGAGAGAGAUACAUAUAUGUACGAGUAUGUGUACUCGUGGAGGCGAGGAAAGGAGAAGCCUCUUUCUUGUGUGCUGCUUCAUGCAGUGAUAUAGUCAGAAAUCUAUUUACCGAGCCUAAGUAUUUCCUUAUUACAACGAAGCCUGUUUCCAAAGUUUUUUUUUUUUUUUUUUUUGGGGGGGGGUGCAUACGCGAUAUAUAUUUUGAGAGCCUAAAGUCAUUUUGAUUGCUAAUGUCUCAACUGUUGUGGAGCAAAGUGUGGAGUAUAAGAAAACACAAGAGGUGAAGGGUAACUUAGGUAUCUUAUAAGCAUAUACAUCAACCAUAAACUGCCAAAGACGUGAAGAAUAAUUAAAAUCUCUCAGUGCCCUGUAUUUAUAUUUUCGUUCAAUAAAAUCGUCUAGUUACCUAA